GGGCUCCACAGUUGAGUUUCCAAGUGUGGCUGUUGGUCGGAGCUUGAGCCACACCGAGCAUCAAGAAUAGUAGUCCAGACUAGCCUUGGUCUGAUUUACAGAGGACUCUUAUCGCUGUCAGGGUGCUGAACACAUGAUAAACGACAGCGGGCUUUGGGCUUCCAGCAACCCGCAAGGUUACCGCAAGUUAACCCCAGGUUAGUCAGUUCAAUUCGCGACAGGGGCAUUGAAUACAAUACCUAGGCACGUCCUCCCACCACGGAGUACUAUUCAGCACAGCACACCACCAUCUCAAUGUCGCCAGCAUGAUGCGCCUCAACGUCUUCAUGCUGCUCUUCGGAGCCCUGCUGGCACUGGCCGCCGCAGAAUGUACGUACUCAUCUCCUGCAUCUCCCCCUUGUUGAGCCCAAUGCAAAGCCUGGAAUACACCACGCAAACAACACGCAGCGCACUCGCUAACAACACCCCGAACCCAACAGCAGCCCCUACAUUCUGCAAGUGCACCUGCUUCAGCAACAGCACCAUCGUGCGGCUGGGGCCGAAAGACUCCUCGUCCUCCUCGCCCGCGGGGGGCUCCUCGCCGUCCCCCAACAGGAACGACGACGGCAGCAACAACCCGAACCUCUUCCUCCGCUCCCUGAACCCCUUCACCACCUCCCCCCGCCCGCCCUCGCACCUGAACAACAACAACGACAAGCGCGCCGCCUCCACCUCCUGCGCCCAGUGCACCCGCGCCUUCUGCCUCGGGUACAACCUGCCCAUCUGCGAGCACGCCGAGGAGAAGGACGUCGUCACCAUGUGCUUCCAGCGCGACUCGAGGAAGGACAUGAUCAUCGUCUGGGGCUUCAUCGUCGGCACCCUGGGCCUGCUGGGCUGGGCCGCCCUCAAGCGGCUCGUCGAGCUCAGGGAGGGCAGGAGCAAGAUCGCCGGAGCCUCCCCCCUCGGUGGCGGCGGCGGCAGCGGCAUCGGCAUGGGGCUGCCCGGUGGUGGUGUUGGUGGUGGUAGGCGCGAGGAUAGGGGGGCUUAUGCGCCCGUUGGCGCGAGGUGAUUUAACGUCACAUCAUAUGUUUCGAUAUGUGGAGGAAGAAUGAGAGGUUUGCUUUUCUUGGAUUGUAUAUCGUUUGGAGGGACAUGCAUGCGCGGCGUUAUGGGACAACACGGUUUCCGAGAGAGAAAGGUAUAGAUGCACUCAAACAUUGCUGUAGAUAUCAUACCCAGGAGAGGAAAGAGUGUUGGAGAUCAAUCAAGAUGCUUCGUGCGGGACUU